AGGAGGAGGAGGAGGAGGAGGAGGAGGAGGGGGGGGGAAAGAGGCUUUGAAUUUUUCCUUCUUUUGCCUCAAGUGCCAAUCCGCUUGGGACACCUGAGCCUGCUAUGCCAACCGAACUCUCCCACAUGGUGGGAAUGCAUGACAUCUCCGACUUCCCCUCCUCGCUGACAGCACGGCUUCUCCACAAGGGCCCGGAGUACCUUCGCAAGCAGAUGGAGGCAGCCAAACCCAGCAGGAAGAGCGCCGUGGAAAGGCUGGCGGCAGAUAAGGCCAAGUACGUGAAAAGCCAGCAAGUCAUCAGCAGGAAGCAGGUGCCGGCCAUCUCCCUCAGCUCGGCCUCUGAGAGCAGCAGCAGCAGCAGCGAGACUUGCUCAGAGGGAAGCAAGAAGGCCGAGCUCCCAAGGGAGGAGAAGGGCCCGGCGGCCACAGAGCUCAGCCCAGCAGCCCCGCAAGGCGGCCCUCCCAUUGUGAGGCGCAACAGUGGUAAACGGCAGAUCCGACCAGAUUCCUUGGUGAUCUAUCGUCAGAAAUGUGAAUUCGUCCGAGGCCAAAGCCAGGAGAAUCCUCGUGGAAGUUUGGUCCGGAGGCUCUUCCAGGGUCCCUUCAAGGAAAAGCAGCCGGUCUCUGAGGUGUCCAAAGUUGUCCUCAAGGAGGAAACCACCCCUGAAGUGGAAGGGACUCUUUUGGGCAAAGACACGGGACACAGCCAUGAACUAGAAGGACAGAAUUCACCCGCAAAGGCAAACCCAAUGCCCUUCCCGGCCAGCAGAUGCAAAAAUGCCCUAAAUGGGCCUUCACCGCCUUACGAUGCAAAGGAGAUGAGGCAGAAAGGUCUCCAGAGAUCUCAAUCGGAUAUCAGUUCGCGAUAUUCAAAGUCCUUCUCUGAAUUUGAGACAUUCUUUAAGAACUGUGGCCUUGAACCUGAAGUAAUAAAAGAUUUGGGCCAAGAGAAUUUUUCGGUGGCUUCAGACAACUUCUCCUUCCAUCUCCACAGUGUCAACGGGGCAGCGUCUGAAAGUGACUUCACGAGGCCCAGCGAUGAGGAGGGACUCCUGGAGGAAGAGCUCCCGGAACAGGCCCCCAGCGGCACCUCUGUGGUUGAACGCAACGCUCGGAUAAUCAAGUGGCUGUACAUGUGCAAGAAAGCCAGAGAGGCUCAUGUGGCGGUGCAAGGCUUGGCCUAAGGAUUGCUGCCUUCACAGGGACCCCCAGAUGCGUUCAUUGGAGAGUGAACACAACAGAGAACGGAUUUACAACAGCUCUUGCCCUCUUACUUCUUCACCCAGGAGCAGGAGAAUCUUUGUUGCUUCUUAAAGGAUGCAUUGAAACCGGAAGCUCAGACUCAAGAAAUGGAAGCUGAUGCUCCUUGUUGUGGUUAUGAACAGAAAGCAUGAUUCAUGCAUGGACCUCUUUUGAUGUACAUUUUUGUAACAAAGCAGAAACCUACAGUUAAUUGUCUCUGAGAGAUAAUUUCAUUGUUUCAAACAAUGAAAAGCAUAAUUUCUGUAUAAGAAAACUUUGUGUGUCUGUGUGUGUGUGUACGUGCGCAUGCGUGGGUGUGGAUGGGUGCACUGUAUGAAAGGUGAGAAAGACACAUGUCCAUUUUGUGGCUUGAAUUCUAAGAUACCACAGUGAUCAAUAUGGAUGGAUAUUAACUUGUGGGACAAGUUUAAUGUCUGGAAACAAUUCUCUCCAAAAGUCUGGUCUAAAUUGCUCAGUUAAUGUUUACAGUGGAAUAGACAGGGCCUUCUCUAAAUA